CUUUUUUGGUAAAUGGUGAAAGCAUUUAAAAAUGGACAAGAUUGUGUGAUGUAUUUGAAUUAUUUCAUGGAUCUAUUUACAUGUAAGUAUAUACAGUACUAUACUCAUGGACAGUUUAGCGAGGAAAACAAGUAACGGUGAAAAUAGGGUUAUAGAUUUGACUUCAUAUAAUUUAUGUGUGCCUUCUUAGACUUGAGUCUUACUAUAAUUAUUGAGCUGCUUGACCAACACCCAGAAAGCUUAACAAAUUGAAUAUGAUAGUUUAUAGUCAGAUAGAAGAUGUUUUGUUGUGGAGGAGUAGAAAGGGGAAGGAUUGUCCUUAGACUACCUUUCUUGUCUGAAUCUGCUUCCCAGAUUCCUCUCAUUCCUCUUUUGCCUCAUACAAAUUUAAAUGUCAGUCAUUGAGGCAAAUGGUCUAAAAACUUUCCCUGAGCAUUACCUUGUUAAUCAGUUUGGGUGUAUGGACCUAUAAAGAGACGUGAGAAAAGGGUUCUGGAUUACUGCAAUAAUGCAAAAGGUUAAUAUAGAAAUAAUUAGAAAGUUGGCAUGUUAGAAUGGAAUCCAUCAAAUAUAUGGUGGGAGGGAGACUAGCUUUGAUCAGAUUCCUCAAGGAGUGCAUAAUUCCAACAAAGGUUAAGAACCCAUUGCAGAACAUUGUGGGGAGAUGGCAGAGUAGCAAGCUCCAGGAGUCAAUCCCUCUCUCAGAAAAAACUAUUGAACUGGCAGGAACUGUCUGAAUCAACUGUUUUGGAAAUUUGGAGUCUGGUGGAACACUUCAGGCAUCUAGGGAACAGCUGGAUGAAAAGAUGGGAAAAUAUGGAGGAGUUACAUCUUCUUGUUUAGUGGCUACCAUCCCUAUCCCCAACUAUGUAGCAGCUAGCUGUGGAGACUGCAGCCCAUGUUCCUGGUGCAGCUUAGUGGGACAGGAAUGAAAGAGCAAUUAAGAUAUUUACAGAAAAAUCUGAAAGAGUCCGCUAAAGGAACUGCCUUGCAAAGGAAAUGCUAAACGGAGUCCUUCAGGCUGAAAUAAAGGACACUAGAUGGUACCUCGAAGCCGUAAGAAAAAAUACAGAGCAUAGAACAUUGAUAAAAGACAUUUUGGACUAGAUCAUGGCAACAAUAGAAGAAAUCGCACAUCAAAUUAUUGAACAACAGAUGGGAGAAAUUGUUACAGAGCAACAAACUGGCCAGAAAAUCCAAAUCGUGACAGCUCUUGAUCACAGUACACAAGGCAAGCAGUUCAUUCUGACAAAUCACGAUGGCUCUGCUCCAAGCAAAGUCAUUCUGGCCAGGCAAGAUUCCACUCCAGGAAAAGUUUUCCUCACAACUCCAGAUGCAGCAGGUGUCAACCAGUUAUUUUUCACUACUCCUGAUCUGUCUGCACAACACCUCCAGCUCUUAACAGAUAAUUCUCCCCCAGACCAGGGACCAAAUAAGGUUUUUGAUCUUUGCGUAGUAUGUGGAGACAAAGCAUCAGGGCGUCAUUAUGGAGCAGUAACUUGUGAAGGUUGCAAAGGAUUCUUUAAAAGAAGCAUCCGAAAAAAUUUAGUGUAUUCUUGUCGAGGAUCAAAAGACUGUAUUAUCAAUAAACACCAUCGAAACCGCUGUCAGUACUGCAGGUUACAGAGAUGUAUUGCAUUUGGAAUGAAACAAGACUCUGUUCAGUGUGAAAGAAAACCCAUUGAAGUAUCACGAGAAAAAUCUUCCAAUUGUGCCGCUUCAACAGAAAAAAUCUACAUCCGAAAAGACCUUCGAAGCCCAUUAGCUGCAACUCCAACUUUUGUAACAGAUAGCGAAACUGCAAGGUCAGCAGGACUGUUAGAUUCAGGAAUGUUUGUGAAUAUUCAUCAGUCUGGAAUAAAAACUGAGUCAACUGUGUUGAUGACACCAGAUAAGGCUGAAUCAUGUCAGGGAGAUUUAAGUACAUUGGCCAGUGUGGUUACAUCAUUAGCGAAUCUUGGAAAAACUAAAGAUCUUUCUCAAAAUAGUAAUGAAAUGUCUGUGAUUGGAAACUUAAGCAAUGGUGAUACCUCUUUGUGUGAAUUUCAUCAAGAAAUUCAAACCAAUGGUGAUGUUUCAAGGGCAUUUGACACUCUUGCAAAAGCAUUGAAUCCUGGAGAGAGCACAACCUGUCAGAACUCAGUAGAGGGCAUGGAAGCAAGCGUACACCUAAUUGCUGGAGAUUCAAGCAUAAAUUACAUCGAAAAAGAGGGGCCACUUCUCAGUGAUUCACAUGUAGCUUUCAGGCUCACCAUGCCUUCUCCUAUGCCUGAGUACCUGAAUGUGCACUACAUUGGGGAGUCUGCCUCCAGACUGCUGUUCUUGUCAAUGCACUGGGCACUUUCGAUUCCUUCCUUCCAGGCUCUAGGGCAAGAAAACAGCAUAUCAUUGGUGAAAGCUUAUUGGAAUGAACUUUUUACUCUUGGUCUUGCCCAGUGCUGGCAAGUGAUGAAUGUGGCAACUAUAUUAGCAACGUUUGUUAAUUGUCUUCACAGUAGCCUUCAACAAGAUAAAGUGUCAGCAGAAAGAAGAAAAUUAUUGAUGGAGCACAUCUUCAAACUACAGGAGUUUUGUAACAGCAUGGUUAAACUCUGUAUUGAUGGAUAUGAAUAUGCCUACCUGAAAGCAAUAGUACUCUUCAGUCCAGAUCACCCAGGCCUUGAAAACAUGGAACAGAUUGAGAAAUUUCAGGAAAAGGCUUAUGUGGAAUUUCAAGAUUAUAUAACCAAAACGUAUCCAGAUGACACCUACAGGUUAUCCAGACUACUUCUCAGAUUGCCAGCUUUGAGACUGAUGAAUGCUACCAUCACUGAAGAAUUGUUUUUCAAAGGCCUCAUUGGCAAUGUACGAAUUGACAGUGUUAUCCCACAUAUUUUAAAAAUGGAGCCUGCAGAUUAUAACUCCCAAAUAAUUGGUCACAGCAUUUGAAAGCUGGGAUCUGAGUGCUGUGAACAUAUUGUUUUAUCCUAGAACACAAGAAGACAUCAAAUUGAACUCAUUGCUUCCAAAGUAUCUGGAAAUUUUGCCUUUAAAGAGUAACCAAAAUCCAAGGUGUUUUUAUGUUAACCUCCUUAAGAAUAAUGUUUGAAGUGACUGGGCAAGUAGCAGGAAUUAGAAUUUCUCUUCCUGUCUUAUUUAAGUGAAUAUUAAGAAUUGCUAUGAAUCUGUUCUAGGUGAAGAUGACACCUAAAGCUGACACCUCUUGACUAUCUAAACUAAGACCUCUCAUUCUACUUUAUUUUAUAAAACAAAUAAAUUAAUCUUUUUUUUUUGGAGGAAUUGUGUUCUAUUCAUAUUUAGUUUCAUUAUGAGCUAGUACAAACACUUAAUGAUCAGAAAUUCCUAACGAGGAUUUUCUUGCAUUUUACUCUUCCAUAAUACAAUUGUUUCAUUUUAAUUGCCAUGUCAAAAGAAGAUUAGUUUAUGCUCAAUGGUAUAUUAUUAACAUUAGAAGUAUAGGAAAUAAUAAUUGAAUAUAUAUUUUUUGUCUUUUGUAAAUACCAUGGUGUCCCCUAUUAUAUGCCAUUCUCAUUGCUGGCAAUGAGACAAGCCAUUUGUGAUCUUACGAGUUGACACUUUUACUGUUAUAUAUUAUUAGUUACAAAUAGUUUUUAUUUAUGUAGCAAAAAUUGUUUUUGAGAAUAAAAUUGGGUUCAUGUUUUAA